AUGGCAAUCCCGUUUCCAGAUAUUGAACCUUAUGAUAUAUUAGAAGUAACGAAAAGUUCCACCCCGAUUGAAAUUAAAAAAUCAUAUAAAAGAUUAUGUUUGAAGUAUCAUCCUGAUAAAAUACAACAAGCAUCAUCAAUAGAAGAUCGUGAAUUUUUCCCAAAACUUCAAUUUUCAUACAGUAUACUAAGUGAUUCGAUUAAAAGGCAAAGGUAUGAUAACACUGGCUCGUUAGGUAUUGGGGAAGAUGACAUAGACGAUGAAUACUUUAAUUGGAAGGAUUAUUUCGAUUCGAUGAAUGAAAAGAUAACCAUUGAUAUGAUAGAAGAAGACAAAUUAAAGUACCAGCAUUCAACCGAAGAAAAAGAUGACAUUUUACAUAACUUCGUUUAUUACGAAGGAGAUUUCAUAAAGCUAUUCGAAGUUAUACCACAUUUAGACUUUGAUGAAGCCCUGGAAGGUAGGGUAUUCAGGCUCAUUGAAGACGCCAUAAAUAACCAAGAUUUUGACGCUGAAUUGGUCCAAGCUACUUUAAAGUCUUGGGAAAAAUACAAAAAAUCUAGGAAAACGAAAGUAAAGCAGAUGUUGAAAAAAUUAGCUAAGGAAGCCAAAGAGGCCGAAGAAUUAGAGAAGCAAAUAAAGGACAAGGGAAAGAGAUCCUUAAAGAAUGAAAAUGACUUGAAGUCGCUAAUCCAAAGCAGACAAUCUAAUAGAAUGGAUAGCUUAAUUGAGAAGUUAGAAACAAAGUAUGCUGACAAGAAAGGCAAGAAGAGAAAGCCAACCGAGAUAAGCGACGAUGAGUUCGAAAGAAUACAAAAUAGUCUUGGAGGUAAUAAGAAUAGGAAAACGAAAGGUUAA